AGUGAAUAUGGGUAAUUCAGUGAUUUUCUGGUCUGAUGCAUGGCUCCUCAAUGGCACUGUGCAGCCCCUGCUACAACUUUUUGGGGGCCCUCCUCACCAACUGUCGAAGACAUAUGGCACCCCUGGAGAUCCAUCCAUCCGUCUCCAAGAGGAAGACGUGGAAGAAUGAAAGAAGAUGGCGAUCUCUAUGAGCUGAUGCAGUUGAUCCAUCGGACCAUCCACAAAUGUUCAUCAGAGGAGAAGGGCCUCUUCUCUUCAUCAACAUCAAGAGCAACCACGACCCAGCACUCAAACACAGGUCCCCCCUUAUUCAUCCCCACCAAAUCUUAAUCUAUUAUACCGUUACCACCAAGACUAGGAGUGGGAGGUGCAUACAUAUAUCAUUCAGAAUUAGGAUGACCAUACAUUUGUUGGUACGAACGAUGCUUUGGUUUGUCAUUUCUAGUAGUAUGAUCCUCAAAUGAAGUGGCAUGGGAUAAGCAGGUAGUGUAAAGUAGUAUGUCUUGACAUUGACAUAAAGAAGUUGAUUUCUUGCUUAUAGCAUUUUAUUCAGCCCGAAAACAUCCUUGAUGUGCUCUUUUUUUUGCGCAUGAGCAACUGGUUGGAUGCCGGAAGAAGCAAAGAUAUCGCUGCUGAAGCAGCACCUUCAAAGAUCCAGAAGAGACGGCCUUAGAAGACUAUUGAUCACUGCUUUGUUUGAGGGGAGAUGAAGCUUCUUAUCCUUCCUGGUGGAAGUAGUUCCCCAAGCGCUGGACUAUCGUCGUCCUCUGCUUGCUUCUUCUCCUUCCUGCUCUGCAACAUGGACCUUACCUACGGAUCUCUUUGGUGCGACUUGGUCGCCCUCGUGGUCUCCGGCGAUGGUUGUUGGGCGCCCAUGCGUGCAAGGUUGAAGACUUGGUUUGGUGCACGUCGCCUCUACUACGACGCCUUAGCGCGGCGUUGCUUUGCGGCCUUGAUUGUUGCGAUGAGUACAAAGUGGUUGGUGAACUGGCUACGGAUAAGAUCAAAAUCCUGCGAUUGUCGCCACCCAGGUUUCUGAUCUCAAGGCGAGGCUACGGGAGGUAUGAAGAAUGGCCAUGCUUUUAUAUUCAACACAAGGAAGGUUUUUCUUGGUUCAUUCAACCUGAAGAUUGACAACACAUGGAACGACCAACUGUGAGAAGUGGAAGCUUAUUUAGUUUGUGGUGGCGUUGGGUUAGCUUGUUAGCUGUGUUUGGCUUUUGUUGAGGAAAUGAUUUGGUCGGAUGAUGAUAUGGAACCUUUCAUCCAGUCCAGUGUAAUGACUUGGCUUGCGAGUGCAUGAAUGAAUUUUGCAAUGAAGGAUGUGGUGAUUUUGAUUCUC